AUGCUCGUAAUCGCAGACCUUCUUGCUAAUACUAUCUCUGCUGGUAUAAUUUAUAUUAUAAUUUAUUGGAUUUCUAAACGGACAAAUAAAUUAUUAGAAAAAUCAAUUCGUGAUGCAUUUGACCCGUCGUCUCUUGAUGAAGAUAAUAGUAGUAUGGACACUGAUGACUUCAAUCAUGAUAACGGAUCAUCGCCUAACAAUGAAAAUGAUGAAGAAAAUAGCAACAAAUCAUCACUAUCAUCAUCUACCGCACCAAAAACAACUGCAACGGUAAGAAAUAAAGCUCAAAGUAAAGGGAGAAAAAUUACCAAAAUAUCUUCCGCCACCGCCACCACUAACGUGCGCAAGAGAAAAGGAAGGCAACCUUCCGAGACUUCUAACGAUUUAAAUAACGGCGGAAAAAGUGAAGCAAAUAGUAUGGAUGUAGAUGAAAAUAAUGUUAAAACUGAAAAAAGUACUAAUGUUGCUCAAGAAGCCAACGAUUCAAGCGAACAUCAGGCAGAAUCAUCUGCUCAUGAUCAUUCUAGUCCAAUCGAAAAUCAAGAAUCAUCUACCGCUAGAUCAAACAAAUCAUUAGAACACGAAAAACUUGAGAAAAAAUUGCUACGCUUAAGACGUAGAUUACAAAGAUUGGUACUUAAGGAUGAAGGGAUUGAGCCUCAAGAUGUUGAGAAAGUCAAUGAAAUAUUCGAAGAAAUCGAAAAAUUCCCCGUUUCUGUUCCGAUGUUGAGGGGCACUAAACACAGAUUUAAUCAGCCGAUGGCAAACAUUGUUAGAAGACAACAACUUUAUCAUUCAAAUCGAUAA